AUAAUGUCCCUUUAUUUCCCACAGGGAACAAAACACCAUGCUAUCACAUAACACCUUGAUGAAGCAGUCGAAACAGCAAGCAUCCGCCAUCAUGAAGGAAAUCCAUGGAAAUGAUGUGGAUGGCAUCGAUCUGGGCAAGAAGGUCAGCAUCCCCAGAGACAUCAUGCUGGAAGAGUUAUCCCAUCUCAGUAACCGUGGCGCCCGGCUCUUCAAGAUGCGCCAGAGAAGGUCUGACAAAUACACAUUUGAAAAUUUCCAGUAUGAGACGAGAGCACAAAUAAACCAUAAUAUUGCCAUGCAGAAUGGGAAACUGGAUGGAAGCAACUUGGAAGGCGGUUCCCAGCAAGCCCCACUGACUCCUCCCAAUACGCCAGACCCACGAAGCCCUCCAAAUCCAGAGAAUAUUGCACCAGGAUAUUCUGGACCACUGAAGGAAAUUCCUCCAGAAAGAUUCAACACCACAGCCGUCCCCAAGUACUAUCAGUCUCCGUGGGAACAGGCCAUCGGGGAUGAUCCAGAGCUGUUAGCGGCUCUGUACCCCAAACUGUUCAAACCUGAAGAAAAGGCAGAGCUGCCCGAUUACAGGAGCUUCAACAGAGUUGCUACCCCAUUUGGAGGUUUUGAAAAAGCAUCAAAAAUGGUUAAAUUCAAGGUUCCAGAUUUUGAGUUUCUACUGCUUACAGAUCCGAGGUUCAUGGCCUUUGCCAAUCCUCUUUCUGGCAGACGGUCCUUUAAUAGGACUCCAAAGGGGUGGAUAUCUGAGAAUAUCCCUAUUGUGAUAACAACGGAGCCUACAGAGGAUGCCAUUGUACCUGAAUCUGAAGACCUGUGAAGAGAACGCUGCAUGAGCCACAA